AUGGCCAACCUACUAUUCCAUGCAACUCUAAUUACAACAGCCAUCGUCCUAACUACCCCCCUUCUUUUUUCCCAUAGCCCCAACACAACCAAUAUCACAGCAACCAUAAAACUUGCAACAAUAAUCAGUACCUUACCAUUAAUCCUCUUCACCAGCACUGGCAUACAAUCCAUUACAACAAAUCUUAAUUGAAUUAACAUGAACUUCAACCUUCAAAUCAGCUUCACAUUCGACACUUACGCAGUACUAUUCCUUCCAGUGGCCCUGCUUAUCACCUGGUCAAUUUUAGAGUUUACAAACUGAUACAUAGCCUCAGACCCAAACCACUACAAAUUUUCAAAAUACCUACUACUAUUCUUAAUUGCAAUACUAACCCUCACCACCGCUAAUAAUAUACUUCAACUAUUCAUCGGCUGAGAAGGCGUUGGUAUUAUAUCAUUCCUUCUAAUCAGCUGAUGACACGCACGAACUAACGCCAAUACCGCAGCCCUACAAGCAAUCAUCUAUAAUCGCAUCGGUGACAUUGGACUUAUUCUGUCAAUUACAUGACUAGCUAUAAACUUCGACACAUGAGAAAUACAACAAAUAUUUGCUCACACAACCGUGCCGUCCGCCCCAUUACUCGGACUUAUUCUUGCCGCAGCCGGCAAAUCAGCCCAAUUCGGAUUACACCCAUGGCUGCCCGCAGCCAUGGAGGGCCCCACCCCAGUAUCAGCACUAUUGCACUCAAGCACAAUAGUCGUAGCAGGUGUAUUCCUGCUAAUUCGCUUCCACCCCCUCCUGGAAGCGAAUCCGCUUGCUCUUUCAUCCUGUCUCUGCCUCGGCGCACUCACUACGACAUUUGCUGCCUUGUGUGCACUCACUCAAAACGACAUUAAAAAAAUCAUCGCCUUUUCUACAACCAGCCAACUGGGUCUAAUAAUACUAACUAUCGGGCUAAACCAGCCAGAACUAGCCUUCCUACAUAUCACAACACACGCGUUCUUCAAGGCCAUGUUAUUUCUUUGCUCUGGGUCCAUUAUCCACAACCUAAACGACGAGCAAGACAUCCGAAAAAUAGGCGGGGUACAAAAAACAAUACCCAUCACAACCUCCUGCACAACAUUAGGCAGCCUAGCACUCAUAGGAACUCCAUUCUUAGCGGGCUUCUACACAAAAGAUUUAAUUAUUGAGACAAUAAACACCUCAGCCCUCAACGCCUGAGCCCUAUUAACCACAGUCGCAGCAACUGCACUAACCGCUGCAUAUAGCCUACGACUAGUAUUUUAUGUCCAACUUGACACCCCACGCUAUCUCUCCUGAAAUCGCCCCAACGAAGCCCACUCGUGCCAAGUAGCCCCAAUCCUUCGCCUGGCAGCUGGCAGCAUCCUAGCGGGCCUACUAGUGACCUCAAUUAUCCUGCCUAAUAAAACCCAAAUUAUAACCAUAACAACAAUUACAAAACUCUGCGCCAGCAUGGUCACUCUACUAGGACUCAUCUGCGCACUAGAUCUAACCUGACAAACCACUCAAAUAAAACCCCAAAACAAGACUAUUAGCCACACAACACUAACGCAACUAAUAUUCUUUAAUACCCUUUCACACCGCACCUCACCAAAAAUAAGCCUGACACUAGCCCAAUUAUCCCUACUAUCAAACGACACACUAUGAUAUGAAACCGUUGGGCCCACAACAGUAAAAAAAACUAACAUAGCCCUCGCAAACAAACUAUCCUCAACAAACUCAGCUACAAUCAAAACCUAUCUAAUAACCUUCAUCACUACCUCAGCUGCCACCCUACUUUGACUCAAACUCU